AACCGAGGCGGUCACAUUGCAGCCUUGGCGAUCGCGCGCGGCAGGUCGCGUGAGUAAUUUUCGUGCAAUAAAGUUGUCGAUGCGGAACAAAUAUGCCCGGGGGUGUUGUGUUUCUGGUCUGCAUUCCCACUCUGAGCUACGAGCACGAACUCGUGUUCGGCGUGCCGCUGAAGCCCUCCAAGAGGAUCGAGAAGAGCAAGAGAAUCGCGCCGCCCAACGUGGAUCUUCGUUUGAAGGAGGCGAAAACCCGCGCGCAAUUGCUCACGCUCGACGAUGACGGUGACCGCGACGACGACGGCGACGUCGGCAUCGACGUCGCCGUUGAUCCUAGGAGACGCGCUCGCGGAUACCCCGCGCGAUCGAAAACGCCCGUUUUCGUGUCGAUGGAAACGGUGCUGGAAGAGCUUCUAAAAAAACUGAAAGUAGAGCACGUCGUGUGGUGCAAGGACAAGGAAGACAUGUACUAUGAGGUGAUAUUUCCGGUACCCGCCGGCGACGCCUGCGAAAACUGCAUACACUGUCUCACCGAGAUGGGUAUCGGCGUUAAAAUGAACUCGAUAGUAAGCGUAAUCCCGACGCAAUGUACAUACAGCGGCGUCAACGAUGCAGGAUCGCUGGCUAUAAUCAAGGACGACGUCGCUCGCAGACGGAAAGAAUCGGAGGACCGCAAGAACGCUUGGAACGCUUUCGUAGACUCUAUUAGAUCGAAAUUGACGGUGAAACAGGUGGUCGAUGGCGUCCGCAGUGGCGGUGAUCUUACUUUCGAUUACGUGUGUCUGGUAUUAACCGCGGACUGCCUCGCUGCACUUGGUCUCGUCGAGAACAGUGCAACCAAUGUCGUUGCAGCCAUGCUAGUCUCCCCUCUCAUGGGACCUGUGAUGUCUCUGACUUUCGGGACGAUCAUAGCCGACAGAGACCUGCAGCUGGUCGGCCUCAAGAGCUUGAUGCUCGGCAUCUUCUUAUCGAUACUCUUCGGCUUCAUAUUCGGCCUUAUCCUCGGCACAACCGAAAUGCCAUGGGGCUACAACGACUGGCCAACCGAUGAAAUGAAGGGCAGAGGCAACUAUAGGUCGCUCUGGAUGGGCGUGCUUUGGGCCCUUCCAUCUGGCACAGGUGUCGCAGUCGCUUUGCUGCAAGGCAGCAAUGGGCCGUUAAUAGGCGUCGCCAUAUCAGCUUCAUUACUACCGCCCGUCGUUAAUUGCGGUUUAUUUUGGGCUCUGGGAUGCAUAUGGCUCAUAUAUCGGCCUAUAAAAAUGCCCCAUAUCAAAGGCGAAUCUUACACAAACUUUAAUAGUACCUACAAGUACAUCUACAGCGAUUAUCUGCCCGUAGAAUUCUUUUGCAAUGGAAUUAUCAGCGCGUGUCUGACGUUUAUCAAUGUAAUGUGCAUCUUUAUUACGGCGAUAAUAGUCUUGAAGAUUAAAGAGGUGGCCGCACCGUACACGUCCACACCGGAACUGCGUCGGUUCUGGGAGCACGAUAUCCGGCUGGUUCGCGAUAAGAACAUCUCUAGAGAUAACAGUUCCUUGGAUUCAAGUUUCUACGAUGGAUUGAGUAAGACUAAACAACGAGCGUUGGAACGUACGCUAAACGAAGCGGUCAGAGAAGCGAUGAAUGACGAGACUUUCAGGAAAGUACAAAGACUUAGUUAUGGGCAACACGGACCAGAAGAGAUUGGCUCUCGGUUUGGUCUUCACAGUCGCGGGACUGCGGGUAGAGGCAACAAAAAAGACGGUGCAAGCGUCGAGGACAUAAUAGGAGGAGAUUUACGAUCGCACAAAGGCAUAGCGAAUUCUGGCAAUACAAACGAAGAUUUGGCCGCGUUGGACCGUUUAAUAACGUAUCUUCUGAGCCAGCCAAGUAAUCCCACUGGUGGCAAUCUGGAUUCGUGGAGACGCUCCCAUCGAGCUAGUGCACGAGGCUACAGACAAUUACGUGGCACCGCCGGCGAUAUUGCGGAAACCGGUGGUGUUGGCACAACGCCUCUUUAAACAUGACAUUUAAAGGAAAGCCAACGUACGAAAAUAGCAGUACAACAGUCCAUUUUGACUUGAAUGUCAUAGGUGUAAGAUAUAACGAGGCACACAUGUAGAAAUGUUAAAAUAACACGAUUUUUGCUAAAGAUAUGAUUAUUGAUAUCUGCAUUUGUAUCACAAUUUACACAACGUAGCGAAUAUAAGAAUUUUAAAUAGAGAUCUCUACAUCACCU